AUGGACAGAAAGUCUGCUAGAAUAAAAGCAGAGUUACAAAGAUAUGGUUGGAGAGUUUCGAAGAAUUUUAAAUAUAGGAAGGGAAGACCCAUAAAAGUCUAUGACAAAUUGUCUGGUCUUCGCUACGAAAUGGAUUUGGAAACAGCACGUGCCAAUUAUCCAAACAGACUAGAGAGGUUAGAAGAAGAACGUCUUAUGGACAUGCCUUUCGAUGUUAGUGAACCUCAAGUUGAAGGACACGACGGCUUUGCCAGAUUCUACUGGAAACAUGACGAACAAUUGCAUCCUUUGAGAAGGAAAAAAGGAAAAGGUGAAGACGCACAUGCUCCCAUGGAAAGAACAAGAUAUGAAUAUGAAAAGUAUCGUGAAGUUAGAAGUCAAAUUACAUCUGGUCGAACCUUUACAGUAAACUUUGACGAAGGAAAGAACAAAGAAGGCUUCAUGGGUGUACUUGCUGCAAUUCAAGACGGAAAUAAGAAAGGACACAAUCUCAGAUUGACCAUAACAGAUUUGGAUGGUCACAUUUACUAUGCACAUGGCAAUGUCACAACAGCCGCACAACUUCUUGACGCUUUCAAGACUACAAAGAGAGAACAAAUGGUUGACUCCGACUCAGACAUUUUGAAUGCAAUUGAAGGAAUUGCAAGUGUCAAGUUCGAAUGGUACCAACCUAACCCUCAAGCAGUCAGACAACAUGCUGGAUACUUCCCGUUCAUAAAUAAGUCUGACAUUGACUUGACAAGGUAUGGAAUUUACAAUUCAAUUGAAACAAUUGUCAAUGAACCUUGUAUUCUUACAUGUCUCAGGAACUCUGGUCUUGUUACAGAUGAGAAAAUGAAGUAUCUUGAGUCAUGUGUGAAGACAAGGUACAUUCUCAGAGGUCAAUUGGCAAAAAUUGCAC